GCAGCAGUGGCUUCCGUCUUAAAGGGGCCGCUGCGGCAGGAGGGGGGAGGUGGGACGCCCUGCGGCUGCGCUCCUGGCCUCCCCGCCUCGGCCUGGUCGUUUAACCGAUUCUUUCGGCCGCAGGUCACCAUCCAAGGUCCCGCUCCUCCGCGUCCCAGGGCCGGACGGAGGGAUGAGGCAGGGGGGGCCCGGGCAGCGCCGUUGCUGCUCCCCCCGCCGCCCGCAGCCAUGGAAACGGGGGAGGAGGACGGCGCCCGCAGAGGUACACAAAGCCCCGAGCGGAAAAGGCGAAGCCCAGUGCCGCGGGCGCCCAGCGCGAAGCUGAGGCCGGCGGCGGCCCAAGCCAUGGAUCCGGUGGCGGCCGAGGGCCCGGGCGAGGCCUACCUGGCGCGGCGGCGGCCGGAGGGCGGCGGCGGGUCGGCGCGGCCGCGCUACAGCCUGUUGGCGGAGAUCGGGCGCGGCAGCUACGGCGUGGUUUACGAGGCGGUUGCCGGGCGCAGUGGGGCCCGGGUGGCGGUCAAGAAGAUCCGCUGCGACGCCCCCGAGAACGUGGAGCUGGCGCUGGCCGAAUUCUGGGCCUUGACCAGCCUCAAGCGGCGCCACCAGAACGUCGUGCAGUUUGAGGAGUGCGUCCUGCAGCGCAACGGGCUGGCCCAGCGCAUGAGCCACGGCAACAAGAGCUCACAGCUUUACCUACGGCUGGUGGAGACCUCGCUCAAAGGAGAAAGGAUCCUGGGUUAUGCCGAAGAGCCCUGCUAUCUCUGGUUUGUCAUGGAAUUCUGUGAAGGUGGAGACCUGAAUCAGUACGUCCUGUCCCGGAGGCCAGACCCAGCAACCAACAAAAGCUUCAUGCUACAGCUCACGAGCGCCAUUGCCUUCCUGCACAAAAACCACAUCGUGCACAGGGACCUAAAGCCAGACAACAUCCUCAUCACGGAGCGCUCUGGCACCCCUGUCCUUAAGGUGGCAGACUUUGGACUAAGCAAGGUGUGUGCUGGGCUGGCCCCCCGAGGCAAAGAGGGCAAUCAAGACAACAAAAAUGUGAAUGUGAAUAAAUACUGGCUGUCCUCAGCCUGCGGCUCAGACUUCUACAUGGCCCCUGAAGUCUGGGAGGGACACUACACAGCCAAGGCUGACAUCUUUGCCCUGGGCAUUAUCAUCUGGGCAAUGAUAGAAAGAAUCACUUUCAUUGACUCUGAGACCAAGAAGGAGCUCCUGGGAACCUAUAUCAAACAAGGGACCGAAAUCGUCCCUGUUGGUGAGGCGCUGCUAGAAAACCCAAAGAUGGAGUUGCACAUCCCCCAGAAACGCAGGACUUCCAUGUCUGAGGGGAUCAAGCAGCUCUUGAAAGAUAUGUUAGCUGCUAACCCGCAGGACCGGCCUGAUGCCUUUGAACUUGAAACCAGAAUGGACCAGGUCACAUGUGCUGCUUAACAUUCAGGGCAAAGCAUCUUGGGUGUUUUUAAACUAGCCAAUAGCAUCCAGAUUGGUCCUAAACUUAAGGAAGACUGAGCCAAGGCCAGCAGAACUUUUUCCAUCUAUAAACGUGACAUCAGGUAAGACCUAGCUUGAAAGGUACUCAAGCACAACACCUAACAAUUUUGUGUUAUUUUUUCUGUUUACUGGCAUAUCUCUUCCAUGAGACUGUGCUCUCUUUAAGUCAGGAUCCUUGGAAAUGUUCUCGUUUAUUUCACUAUUGCCUCUCCAGCCCUGGGCCUGGUGCUUAGCUUAUAUAUAUGGAAAAUUAGCAAGGAAUGAACGGCUUAUGUCAAGGUGCCUUAAUUACUUUAGGACCAUUCACCCUUUAGUCUGUCCCCACAAACUUAUUAGAUCCCUUUUGGAAUUUUGCACCAAGAAGUGACCUACCCAGCCAGUCCUACUUAUCUUGGCUGCUGAGAUAUCUGAUAAUGUAGGGGUCAGACAGGGUUUGAAUUAUGUUUCUAUCCCUUUACCUAACAACCUUGGCUUGUCUGUACUGCAGAUUUUUAUCUGUUUGUUGGAGAUAACAAUACCAGUCAACGUUAAAUUUUACAAAAAUAAUAACUAACAUUGAUGAAUGCAUCCUGUGAGUUAGACACUGUUCUAAAUUCUUUCCAUGUAUCAACUAAUUCAAUCCUCACAACAACCCUUUGAGGUGAGCACUACUGUUAUCCCCUACCUUACACAAGAGAAAACUGUGGCAGAGAGAUUCAUUUCCCCAAGGAUACACAGUGGUAAAGCUGGGAUUUGAACCUGGGCACUCCAGCUCAGAGUUCUUACCCACCACUUCUAAUAUAAGUACAAGGCACUUUGAGUUCAAUAUAUUUUCAAAUUGGUUUGGCAGAGAAAUUAUCACUGGAUAAAAUUAUCACCACCCCGGCACCUCUCCUUGCUGCACAUUUAUAUUUUGUUUCCGUGACUAUUUUGUAGUAUUUAGACAGUAAGCUCCAGGAUUUCCAGGGUGCUGCUCAUCUGUGCUAAUCACCGUCUGGCUAAUGCCUGCUUUCUAGCGGGGGGGAACAUUUAACAUACUUUGGAAUAUUGACAAAUGAAUGAAUGAUUAAUAAGUGCUUCUGACCUAGACUACUGUAGCCCCAGGCCUCAUUCUCAGCCCAAGGGCGAGAAUCUCAAAGUUGUGUCUGCCGCUGCCCGAUGCGAUUGCUUACUUCAGCCACGUAGAUCAGGAAGACCUCAUUCAUUUCAUUCGUUCAACGACGAUUCGGUUCCUUUCACGUGCUUGGUAUUGUUCUAGCAGCCCGGAUUUUAGCGGUGGACAAAACGGUGUCUGCUUUCACGGAGCUUACAUUCUGGUGGAGAGGGGUGGUGUAGAAUAAACAGAUAAAAGUGUUGAAUAACGUCAGGUGGAAGAAAACCAAAACCAAGCAUGGAGUGGGGAUGGGUGGCCACUUUCGCCAGAGUGGCCAGGGUGGCUUCUCUGAUGCGGUGGCGCUGGAGCAGAGACUUGUACAAAGGGAUAGAGCAAACCCCGCAAGGGCCUGGGGAACGGCCUUUUAGGCAGAGAGAAGAGCCGGCGCCACUGUCCUGAGCGAGGAGCGGGCUCAGCACAUGCGCAGAAGGGCGGGAGGACCACGCGGCUGGAGCAGUGCGUCAGGGGACCCGGUAGAGGACCAGGGCGGAGCGCUGCGGGUUACACCCCAACUCCCGAGGGCCAGGAAGAGGGACGUGCGACCGUGGUCUCUGCACUUAACGUGUUUGAGGUCCUGCUGGAAGCCUGCACUUAGAGACAAUGGAGCUGGAAAUGAGGCUGUUAAAGAGGCCACUGGUGCCCACUCAGCAACACCCUCGGAGGGGUCAAGCAGGCCCACGCCGUCACACUCACUGAGGAUGUCUCUCUGCAGAAGUGCUUCUGGCCUCAGAAUCAUUGUUUUCAAAACUGAAGCACUUUUGGGCUCCAGCCGUCCCGCUCCUCCCUUCCCUUCUGCCAACUAGUGAUUACGCGUGUGGGAUUAACUGAGACGCCAACCAGGAAACUAAGACGCCCAGAAACCUCAAGGCCAAGAGGACGUGGAGGAGCCUGAACUGGGGGCUGCAGGGCAUCGACACCCACCCCCUCGAGAUGACCUAGCUCAGUGGUCCUCACACCUGAGCGAGCCUUAGUGUCACCUAGAGCAUGUGUUGAAACACUGAGGACUGAGCCCUGCCCCAGAGAGUUUCUGAUCAGCAGAAACUCUCAGGCCCUAUCUAUGACUAUCAUCUCCGCCUGCUCCAUGGGGUCGACUUUGGCUCAUGGGACUCCUAGCUCGUGUGUCUGACCACUCUGUCCGCAGCCAGCAUCCCGGGUAGCACCAGUCACUCCUUCCCGGGCUCCUUCAGCAUGUUGUGAGAGCCUGUUUAGCAUGGUGGUCCAGAGGCCUGGUUCCAGAUGUCCAGAACCCGGUCUGGCCAUGAGAAGUUCUGUCACGUUGACCGAGUUAUGUCCCCUCUCUAGGCCUCAGUUUCCUCAUUUAUAAUAUGUCAGCGAUGUCUUCGCCAACCUGGAUUUGCAUGGCUCCCUUUCCUCCUUCAUCACAUAUUAUAGUAAUAUAGUAUAAUAUAACGUAGUGUUUUAUGACAUAGCGCUGUGCGGUGGAGAUGACGAUGGCUCCCUCCUCCUGGAUUUGCUAGGAGGAGCAGGGAGUUAGUCUGCCCUCAGAACAGCGCCCGGGACAGAGGAGAUGCUGAGUUCCUCUCGGCUCGAGUUGUUCUGGGCCAUUCGGGUGAACCCUCAGGGCUGUUACAGCCUCCUUAUUUGUACCCAAGGUGGACUGGACAGCCCGUAACAGAGUCACCUUGGUACUUGUUAAAGAGAAGAAUUUCCGCCCCACUCAGGCCGCUGGGAUCAUAAUGGGGGUGGGGGCGGACUCCAGAUUUCUCAUUUUUUACUAGUGUCUCUGGGUGAAUUUUCCCCUGGGAGAGUCUGAGGCUUGAGUGCAAGCGCUUGAGCUGGCUGACCCCGGGUCUGGAUCCACCUGAGGCACUCAGUUACUGAGUGGCCUUGAGCAGGGCGCUUGUCUAGGACCCCCUGGGAACCUCAGGUGUUAAAGCAUCCAAGGGGUGCAGACCCCCAGCUGCCGUGCCCAGCGCAGGGAGCCUCACCCUGGUGCUCGUGUGCCGGGAGGGCUCCACAACUUGGCUGGGGCCUCCAGGCUGCUCUGUCUCCUCCAGAAGACCAAGCUCCCCACACCCCUGGCACCAGACCAGGCACCUUGUCGGCACAGUCAGAACGGGCCUCAGAUUCACCCAGACUGAAGGACUCGCUCCUCCCUGGGCUCCGUCUGUUAGUGUGGCCUCUUCUUUCUCCGCCUUCUGAUGCUGCAGCGUUAUCAGCAUCCUGUGUGUGAGGCCCCACGUGAGGAGCCUGAUGGGGCAGCAGAGCUGGUUUAGUGGAGGAAACAGAACUACACGGAAAUGUUACAUGUACCCUCCCGUUAUAAACGCCUUCUUCAGAAAAGCAUGCUUUCUUCAUGUUUGGACUCUAGUUAAUCUUUUAAAGUUAUUUGUAGAGUGGUAGCUGCCUGGCGCGAACACUCUACUCACAGCUGGAGCUCCAGCAAGGGUGCUGAGGGGUCUCAUUUGAGCCUGGAAUGGUGACUAGCAUCCUAGUUUUAUCGUUGGAUGAAGUGGCCUGUCCAUGCAUGCCCAGCCAGAUACUGGCAUGGCCUAGAUCAGAACGCGGAUGUUGAGGUCACUUCUCCGAUGAUCCAGCCGGGAGAAGGGCCCAGGGAGGGGCCUGGCACUGGGAACACCAAGAGCGGGAAUUCACCGGAGAAUGAGAUGGUUUCGAUCAGAGGGACUUGCCUUAGACAGGCUCUGGCGCCUGGCUAAGUCACGUGACCUCUCAGGCUCUGCUUUCCCAUCUGUAAAAUGAGAGGAGGAGGUUUUAGCUACUUAGCAAGUCGUUCACAUUAGGUAGGACCACGUGUACAAAGCACUUGGCCCACAGCAGGGGCUAGCAAAUGUUGGUGUCCCCCUUGUCACCCACCCCAAAGGACGGAGGGUGGCCUCCGUGCCUCACACUCCUGCAUCCCGGCCCCGCCCAGCCUCUGCUGGCUUUGGCGUCAUGAUGAAUGCAUUCUCCGCACUGUACUGAAGACUGACGUGAAUCAAAGAGCACAAAACAGCUCCUUUGUUCCCUAGAUUUUGCAAGAGAGAGACAUCUUAAAUUCUCAGUUGUGGUCUCCCUGGCACACCCUGACUGGUUUCCCGGAGAACAAACGACAAAGCUGAUUGCCACUUCACAGAGGGGAGGCGGAAAGGGAAAAUAGGACACACACUUUGUUAAGGCUUUUCAAAUGUCAGUGCCUUAGCAUCAGGGAGCUGCAAGCUAGGGGGCCUAUUGGGAUUCUGCUUCCGGGAGAUUUCGUGCCUUCAUUUUGCUCGUUUAAAUUCUGCAUUUCAGCCUGCUCUGCCUCUAUUGAUCUGCUUCAGUCUGAUAUUCCUAAACUGAGUAGCUCUAAUUGGCUCAGAAGGAUGGCUGCAAGGUAAACACUCUCCACGGCUGGCACCCUUUGGGGACUGUCUAUGGGGGCGCUGGACUUUAACCAAGGAGAGCAUGGAAAGGGCACAGCUUUGGAGACAGACAGGCAUGUGUCAUCCUCUGCAUGACCUUGGGCAAUACUGGGCCCCUCUGAGCCUCAGUUUCUCUGCUCACAAAAUGGAGAUGAUGUUUGUGACUGCCUAAGGUCACUGCGGGGAUAAGCAGGGUCAGAUGUGGUGGCACAAUGACGCAGAAAUUUUUGACAAUGAGCCACUGUAUUCUCGCAAAAAAUUUUACUACGCCAAAGAAAAUGUAUGAGCACUGAGAUGCCAGGUAGCACGAUGGCUCUGUGAGCAACACAGUGCUGGUGACAUCUGUUGUCAGAUUUCAGAGAUUCACUGCUUCCUCCAGGUCCUUACAAAUCCAGCCCUUGUUCCUGCGGUCUGCGGUCUAAAUUGAGAAAAUAAAAUAUGAACACAAUGUCUGGAAAAUGACUUUGCAUUUCGGCACUUAUGUUAGAAGACGGGUUCAAUUCUCCAGCUUUAAGUGUUGGUGUUUCUGUCAGUUAUAACGAAUAAACGCACGGAGGUGAAACUGAUCAACCGUUUCAUUGCUUUUCAGAAACGGAGAGAUGACGGCUUCCCUAAGUCAGCGCGUCACUGCGUUUAAUUUGAUGAUGUUGUUUAGAAACUCUAUGUACUGUUUUCUGGGCCAAAACGUAUCAACCAUUGAUGAGGAGAAAAUCAAAAGACAAACGACCAAUUCUCAGUAAAGGGGGAAAUUAUCGUGGUGAUUGAUUACAAGCAUAGACUCCAUGCCCGGGGAGGGGCCGGGGCUCCUGCACAGUCAGAACAGUGAGGAGAAAAGCCUGUGGCGCUCAGGUGCUGAGCAGGGAGCCAGAAGCCUUGGAGUGGAGACCUGCCUCUGCUGCCCGGGUAACCUGACCUUGGACAGGUCACUCCCCUCCGUGGGCGCAUCCCCUCAUCCUCCACAGAAUGACAGUCAUCCCCAUUCAGCCUUCUCCCUGGGUUGUGGUGAGGCUCCACGAGCGAAGCCUGCCAGGACUGGCACUUUAUACCUCAGCUUUCACUUCAUCUUCACAAAACCCAGUGAGGUUUGUCACUUGCCCAAGGUCACAGAGCUAAGAAGAGAAGCCAGGAUUAGAACUCUAGUCUGUGCGCUGUCACUGUGAACUGUAAAGAAACGAAACAAGAGCUAUUAUAAAUAUCAUGGCUGUCAGGACCUCUAGAAGGUUGCAGCAAAAAUAGAAAAACACUCGCUCAGUCAUUAACAAAUAUUUAUUGUAUAGUAUGAGCCAGGCAGUGUUCUAAGCACCAAGAUUAUGGUGGCAUAUGAGCAUAGCGGGGAGACAUACAAUAAGCAGGUAAAUAAAACAAUUUUAGAUGAUGGUCAUUGCUGUGAAGAAAGUAGAAUGUGGAUUUGCAGCGAUGGGAGGCGAGGGGUAGCAAAUUUAAAUUGGGGUCGGGGAAGACGUCUCUGAGGAAGGGACUUCUGAGUAGAAAGUAUGGAGGGCUAUCUGGGGAGGUCAAGGUACAGGGGUCAGGAACAGCAAAGCCCCAAGAAGGGACUAAGCUUGGCAUGUUGAGGUUCAGGAGGGAGCAGAGUGGCUGGAACUUGGUGAGAAAGUGCUGGAAGAUGAGAGCAGAGAUGGGCGAGGCCCCGUUGUGAGGCUUUGUAGCGAAGAAGGACAAGGAGACUAGAUUAUCUGUUAAGUGAGAUGAGAGAGUUCAUGAUUUAAUUCGUGUAAACAUUCUAAUUUAAUUGCUUUAUCGUUGAACAGGUAAUAGGGUCAUCUGAUUCAAAAUUCAGGAGUACCGAAAGGUAAACUAUCUCCCUCCCUCGCUUCCCCCACCUGCCCAGAUCCUCUCCCUGGAAGCCAUUUAGGUACUAGUUUCUUGUGUUUGCUUCCAUUGCCGUAAGAUAUUACACAUAAAGACAUCAAACACACACACUCCCCAUCCCUUUUGCUUUUACAGACGGUGGCAUAACAUUCACACCUUGCUUGUUUCCCUUCCCAUCCUGGAGAGCCUUUGUAUCAGCACUGGUAGGGUGUUCUCAUUAUCAUUUUUUGGGUAUGUCUGCAUAGGGUUCCACUCCGUGGGUGUACCAUAUUUAUUUAACCAGUUCCCUACUGAUAGUCACUUAAGUUAUUUCUCUGGAGGGUUUUAAGGGGAAGUAACAUUCUGAUUUAUAUUUUAGAGAGAGCCCUCUGGCUACUGGAUGGAGGACAGCUCCUCGGAGCUUGACGGUGGAGGCAGCAGCCCAGCCCUGCCCAGUUAGGGAGGGCUGCUGUUCUCCAGGAAAGAGAAGAUAAUGGUUUGGGACAGGGUGGCAGCAGUGAGGGCAUGAGAAAUGCGGGCAUGUGGGAUAUUGACGAGAUAGAACCAACAAUACUAGUUGAUGCCUUAAAUGUGGGGGGUAAGUAAAAUGGGGUCGGGACAGCUUUUGAGCCACAGCAAUUGGGGCGAUGGUGAGACUCCCUUAAUUUCUCAACAGCAUUUCCCGUCUGACUUCUGCAAACAGAGCAGGUGGUAAAGGCAGGAGAACUGGCAGUAAAAGAUGGGUCCUCUGCAUGAGACUCUUCCUUAUGUGGCAAAAACUUAAAAAACAUAUUAUAAGCACUACAUGUGAUGGAACACAUUUGGAAUUUUCCACCUUCCAUGUCUGAAAGGAAUCAAUCCCAAGGAAUUCCCUCCCAUCUCGCCAGCUGCUCUUUCUCAGUCUCCUCUGCAGGGCUCCCUCCGCCUGGCGUCUGACGGCCAGCAUUCCUCAGGGACCAGCCCUGAGCUCCUGCUCCUCCCUGCCCACAUUGUCUCCCUGGAGCAUCUCGUUCUGCCCUGUGGUUUUUAAUGCACCUAUAUGCUGAGUCACAGAUUCCUGUCUCCAACUCUGGCCUCUUCCCUGAGUUCUCCCUGGGGACUUAGAUACCCAGCUGCUUACUGACAUCGUCCCCUGCAUGUUUAAUAGACAUCUCACACUUAACAUGUUCCAAACGGAACCCUUGACCCUCUACUCACAAUCCUGUCUUCCCACGUGUCCAAUAUGUCUGCCAUAUAUCGGUAAAUGGCUACUCCAUUCACCAUCCACCCAGGUGCAUGAACUAUAAUCCUAGGAGUUAUAUUAGAUCACCCAGCUUCUCUUCAAGCCUUGUUGGUUCUAACUAGAAGUUUCAUCUCAAGUCCAUCCACUUCUCUUCAUCCCCAUCAUCCACACCUCUCACCUCCAUCAUCUUUCACUGGAUAAUCCUACACCGGUACCUGCUUAUCUACGCUCUCUGCCUCCAUUCUUGUCUUCCUGGAGCCUCUCUCGACACAUCAACCAAGUGGGUCUUUUCAAAGGUAAGUCAGCUCACGCCACUCCCCUGUUGAAAACUUUAAUGUGUUCCCAUCACAGCUCAAAUAAUAUCGAUUAUUAUUCCCUUCCCGUGGCUCCUGCCUACCUUCCAAUCCUAUUGACACCUCCUUCCCAGGCUCUCUCUGCUCCAGCCAUAGUGCCCUCCCUUUUCUUUCCUGAACACCUGGGACCAGCUCGUUUGCCCUCACUGUCCGUCUGCCUGGAACACUCUUCUCUUGGUACCCCACGUAACUGGCUCCUCUUCACCUUCAUGUAGGCCUACCUUGAAAGUUGCCUCUUCCACUUGAUCUAAAGCCCCUCCCCCCUCAUCCUGUGCCGCCUACAUCAGUGGGAGUGGGACCACUUAACAGUUUGCCAACUCUGAAAGAAUGCUGUGGGAAACUCUCAAGCAACUGGCACCAGAUUUCCAGUCUGUCACCUCGCUGUGUUAGUGCUGCUUAUGGACGAGUGCUCUGGGCAGCUGUGCAGAUAACCCACCCCUUUGAUCUGCUCAGCCUGCCACACAGUACAAUAAAUGUCACGAUAAAUGUCA